AUGGCAACCAAGAGGCAGGCACCCGACGAUCAUGGCGUGCGCUCGAAGCGGCCUCGAUACAACACCAAUCCGAACAAGCCAGCGAAUCUGAGUGGAAAAUCCUUCCGAAAAGCACAUCCGGUGAACGAGUUGAAAUCCCAAAUUCGGUCUCUAAAGCGGUUGCUUGAGCGCGACUUGCCUGCCAAUGUACGAGUUGAGAAGGAGCGCGCAUUGCAGACCGUGACAAAGGAGCUGCAAGAUGCCGAAAGGGCAAAGAAGAAAAGCGGGAUGAUUGGCAAAUGGCAUAAAGUGCGGUUCUUCGACCGGCAAAAGGCAGAGCGACGCUUGAAGAAGGCUAGAAAAGCACUGGAGGCUGCAGCAGGAGCGGAUGCGGCGCUAGAAAAGACGGUAGAGGACUGUGAAGUCGAUGUCAGCUACGCUAUUUACUAUCCGCUGGAGGUGGACUAUGUGCCGCUGUUUCCAUCCAAACGCAAGAAGGACGGCGAAGCGACAGAAAGGGCGGAAACUGAUGACAAAGCUGCGGGGAGAGAGGGCGAUCAGGAAAUGUGGGAGACCGUGAGGAAGUGCAUGGCAGAGGGCACUUUGCAAGACCUAAGAGAAGGCAGGCUGCGAGCAUCAGGAGCAGAGGUUGAUCAGGAGGAGAGUGUAUCCGAAAUUUCUGCCAAGCGGGUACAGGAAAAGCAAACUAGCAAAGAAGGCAGGUCGAAGACGUCGCAGUUCGGGAAGGAAGACAACGGCGAGGACGACGACAGCGAAGACGAAACCGGGAGAGGAUUUUUCGGAGACGACUAAAAGGUCAUUGGGCCUAUGGAACCUCGAUAAUUCUAGCUUCACGCAUCAUAACCACGAGCUUUAUUUCG